GUGGAUGCCUUUCCUGUUGUGUACCCGGAAUGCUUGUAGAGUUGGCAAUGUCGUCGUCGUCUUCCUCCAGCCAUCUAUCUGCGAUGGCUAUGUGAUGUGUGGCUGAAGAGUGUAUCUGCUCUUCUCAGUCACUCUCGGCAGUUAAGCUGCUCCCAUCUCCCCACCUACUCCUCUUCCUCCUCCUCCUUCUCCUCCUCCUCUCUCUCUCUCUCUCUCUCUCUCUCUCUCUCUCCCAUACCCUUUCUCGCUCAUCAUUCCUCCAUUUAUUACCUUCUUUAAUUCUUUCACACAUUCAUUUCCGCCAUUAAAGCUUCUCUCUCUCUCUCUCUCUCUCUCUCUCUCUCUCUCUCUCUCUCUCUCUCUCUCUCCGAGUCUUGUCUGAAAGCUGCAAAGAAGCUCGGCGGAGAAAUCAGGGAGGGAGAGGAGAGAUGCCGUUGGUGAGAGUUCAGCUGAGGAACGAGUACGGCUUGGGGCAGCCGGAGCUCUACAAGGAGACGAACAGAGAGGAUCCUAAAGCCGUGCUUGAUGGGGUAGCCGUCGCUGGUCUCGUUGGGAUCUUGCGUCAAUUGGGUGAUCUUGCCGAAUUUGCAGCAGAGGUUUUUCAUGGGUUACAAGAGCAAGUGAUGAGUACAGCUUCUAGAAGCCAUAAAUUGAUGGUUCGUGUGCAACACAUUGAAGCUGCACUUCCUUCACUUGAGAAGGCUGUGCUGGCGCAAACAAGCCACAUACAUUUUGCUUACACGGCUGGUUCUGAUUGGCAUGCUCGAAUUCAAAAUGGACAAAAUCUCUUCAUCUAUGAUGACUUGCCAAGAUUUAUAAUGGAUAACUAUGAAGAAUGUCGUGAUCCUCCACGUUUGCACUUGCUUGACAAGUUUGAUACUGGUGGCCCUGGAUCAUGUUUAAAGAGGUAUUCAGAUCCAACCUAUUUUAAGAGAGUAUCAGCGAGCUAUGAUGAAGCAAACAUUGAUAAAGUACGAAGAGAUAAGAAGGCUCGUAAAAGCAAGAAAAAAAAAUCGUGGCAGAGGAAUGGAGAAGUAUUGCGUGGUGCGUCAGUACCCAAUCUCAGUGGCAGAAUGCACUUUGCUUCACCAAAUUUUGUUGGGCAAACUUCUCCUCGGACUGCAUCAGCAUUUGAAUUGACAUCAAAAUCUGAACAAGGGGACAAAUCAAAUUCUUUUGAUUCAAGAAUGGAGUCAGGCUAUAUAGAAUGUGUUUUCCGUCUAAGUUCAUCCAUUCAACCUGAGGAAGAGGAGCCUAUGGAAUUGUCCUCUUCUAGGUUAAAGAUGCAACAAAAUGAUAACCACGUUCCAGCUUUUCCUAAUGAACAGAAUGGGGUUGUCGAUGAUGAUUUGUCACAAACUUCCUGGCAGGAGCAAACUGUUGCUAGUUCAUCUUGUGUUACAUGGGAUGAAAAGACAGAAAUAGUGGAACCCAAGGGUCAGCAACAUGAUAGUGGUAAAUCUCCAGAGAUGCUCUCAAAAAACUCUGACUUAGAUACACAGGAGAGGGGAUCUCUUUACCUUAAAAAUGUUAAUCAAGUGGAGAUCCUUUAUGAUUGUAAAAAUAUUCCAAAGUCAAGUUCUGGUGGUGAUCAUCUUGAUGAAAUUGAAAGCGAAACAGACAAUUUCAUGGAUGCACUUAACACCAUCGAAUCGGAAUCAGAAAAUGAUCUUGAUUGCCAAAUGAAACAAGAACAAUGCUCCCCUAGUUUUAACAAUGAAGUAACAGAUGAAGGAAUGGAUGUGCUUACAGUACAUUAUGCAGACCGUCAUCCACCAAAAUUUGAAUCUCAGACUGCAUGCUGCAGUUCUUCAACCCAAGGAUCAUCCUGGGAUUUGGCUAACUCAGUUUCUAUGGAGCCUGGUCAGUUACCUGAAAUUGUUGGCAAAUCUUCUAAUCCAGAUGGUACAUCAGUCAUUGAUAUAUGUGAAAGUGUUGGUAAUCCUGAUGAUUCAAAAUUAGAAUCCGUUGUUAGCGAUCCAUCAUCCCUUAGCUUAAAAAUCCCUAGUUCUGAGGCUCCAACAGGUGAUAAGAUCAUAAUCAGUUUUUUAGAGUCUCAAGAAUUUGCUGAAGAUUUAGAAUCAGGUAAUCCUGGUGGUUCAAAAUUAGUGUCUGUUAUUGAUGAUCCGUCAUAUUCUAGCUCCUCAGUCCUUGAUUCUCAGGUCCCAGGCGGUGAUAAGAUCAUAAGCAGUUCUUGUGAGUCUCGAGAAUCUGCUGAAAAUUUUCCCCCUGUUCAGUCUAUGAGGUUCUGGACGAAUGGUGGCCUGUUAGGACUUCAGCCAUCAAAACCUCCAGAUUGUAGUAUAUUGAAUGCAACAACACAGGAAUCACUAGCCAAAGUUGAGGAAAAUGCUGUUGAUGCUAAAAAUCACUCUGUUAUGGUCAAAGGUGAUGGCAUUUCUGAAUGCCCAACAUUGUGUCACAAUGAUCAAGAAUGUGGUGACUCUAUUGAGAUGAAAUCUUUGGGAACUUCAUUGGCGAAUUUGGAUGCUGAAGUUCUAAGAUGUAGUGAUUGUCAUCACAGUAAUAUAAUUAGUCAAGCGCAUGGACGUGGAAUGAAUGAACCCAGUGAAACGUCAGCAAAAACUGAACUGCCAGUUGCUUCUGAUGCCAAAACUGCAUCUACUGAAGCCAGGACGGAGAAUGAGGAAAAUCUGUAUCGGGUGUUUGGAUUGAGUCAUAGAAUACUUGGGAAUAGUUUUCGAAGAACAGCAUCACUAGUCCCUGAUGAUAGAUCUGAAGUGGCUGGUGGACACAGCAAUGUUGAAUACAAAACCUCAUCUGAGAUGACUUUCAAAGAUCAGCUUGGAUGUGGAUCUCUAGUAAAUUCACCUUCCUCCUCGCCACCUCUUGAACAUAUGAAAAUAUCUUUCAACCCUAUUAGUGGCUUUGAGAAUUCCAGACUUAAACUGAAAUUUCCUGAUAGUAAUGAGUGUCAAGAAAGCAUUAGAGAUAUGUUUCCUUCAUUUCAGUUGGUCCCAGAUCCUGCUAUGCCCCUGCGAGACAUUGGUUCUGACAGUGAUGAUGACACAUUUUGUAGAUCAUCUCCUUAUAUGUCAGAUGAUUGUCACAGCCUUCACUCUGAAUCAAAUUCUGAACAGUGGGAAUCUGGUGAAGUUCCUGGAAGCAAGGACCGUGGGCUUCAUAAUUCUUUAUGUAGAAUCUCAUCAAUGGAAUCCAUUCCCUGCUCUUUGGAGCCAGAGGAAAUGGCCCGCGGAGGCAUCCAGGUUGACAGUGGACUUCAAGGUUCCUAUGAUGUAAAUGGUGUGGAACAGUCUCAUCCUAGUUCUUUGCUUGAUUUUCCAAGUUUUGAUGCUGUGGAUCCGCUGCUUCAACAAGAAUUCAAAAACAAUUCUAAUCCAGAGGUUCUCCUAGGGUUGCAACAUCAGAAAGAGUCAGCACCCUUGCCACCGCCUCUCCCUCCUGUGCAAUGGAGGGGUCUGAAAUCCCUUUCUGAUGUGACAGAAGACAGACGAUGUGCUGCCUCUGAAAUUUUCAAUAACACAUUUGAUUUGAAGCUUUUGGAAUCUGACAUCUCUCAGCAACCUAAGCCAGCCCCAGCUAAGCUGCAACAACUUAGUGUGGAGGCCUUAGCAGUUUCACCAAAGACCAACGUGAUCUUGCUGCAGGGCGAGCAAAAAGAGGCAAAUCAGGUUGGCAAUGGCGCAGGAAUAGUUGAAAGAGAGGACUUCUUACAGCAAAUUAGAACAAAAUCUUUCAGCCUGAGGCACACAGCGACUGUGAGGCCAACCUUCACUCCAGGGCCAGCCACGAAUGUCAAAGUCACUGCAAUUUUAGAGAAGGCAAAUGCCAUUCGCCAGGCUGUUGGGAGUGAUGACGGGGAAGACGAUAACUGGAGUGACACUUGAUCUCCAAACUCCAUCACGUUUGUCCAUUAGAGGACAUCCUCCUGUAUUUUUUUUUGCAAAUUUAGGCAAGGCUGUGUUGUAUUUGUGAAUAAUCCCCCUCCCUUGUAAAUUUGUAGGGCAGAUCUUUGUUUCCUGAUUCAUAUUAUAGCUUUUGUUAAUUCAAUUAAUGUUAAAUACAACGAGGUAGUGAGAUCAGGUUCAUCAUGGUGUAUUAAAAUCUGAGGGCGUUAUUUAUAUGGUGCCUGCAAAUAUGAUGAGCUCUGCUUUUAAUUA